GUAGCCGACUGCCUGAGCUCUCUCGGCGGAGGACUGAGGUCUAGCUAAGGCUCCAUUGUCUUAGUUCCAGAAGGUCCCGGUCUAUGGGAGCGUUUUCCUUCUAAUUUCUCACAAGUAGGUCGUGGCGGCAGGCAGAGGCUCUUUGCCUGGACCCAGUCCGCCGCCCAGCCAUGCCUAAAAAAGGAAAAAAGUCCAAGGUACCCUUGUCGGAUGAGGAGCAGCUACUUCUGUUUCAGCAGAAGUUGCUGGCAGAGGAGGAGGCGGCCAAGAAGAAAGAGAGGCUUCUCACCCAGUUCUUGAAGGACAAGCUGGCCAAGGAAGAACACAACAGCGCUCUGAAUCUUAAUAAGAUUAACACGCAGUGGAGAACUGUCCUUAGGGAAGUCAAGACCAGAGAGCUUCACAAAGACAUCGAGAUCCUCAGCCAAACGUUUGAACGCGUGGUGGACUGCAAGGACAGUGUCAUCAAGUCUUUGGCUAAGGACUUGACGGAAGCCGAGGAGCAGUAUGCCCACGCUCUCCGCAGCCACCUACACAACGUUGACCAGCUCCUGACCCUGCAACGUCGCCGUCUCAACCUCCUGGAGGAAAAUUACAACAUGGAGCUAGAAGUCCUGACCAAAGAGUUUGAGACGGAAAGGAAGACAAUCAUUGACCAGCAUGAGAAAGAAAUUCACUACCUACAGGAUGUCUUCAUGGCCAUGGAGCAGAACUAUAUCGAUUCUGAGUAUGAGAGCAAGCUAGAGUUCCAGAGCAUGUGGGAUGAUCUGAAAAACAAGAAUCUGGAAGAGAAGCACUUUCUUCGUCUACAACUGGAGAACAUCGUGGAGGAUCUGUGGAGGAGGUUCCAGGACGCACUCAAGAACUACACGGAAGCCACGGAGGACCGGAAGAUCGCCUUUGAGACUCUGAAGGUGAAGGACGAGAAGAGCUCUAAAGAGAUCGAGAUGCAGAUGAAGAAGAUCCAGAAGCUGCAGGAGGCCAUCGCCGCCUUGAAAGGGAAGAUCACAGCCUACAGCCGCGAAGGCGAAUGGCAGAACCAGUGUAUCCGCAACGACAAGGAGCUGGUCCACGUCCAGCUUCGGAAACUGAAGGCCCAGCGGACGCAGGCUCGGGGGAAGUCUCAGGAGAACUUAGUCAAACUCACCCUGGAGAGUAAUGCCGCCCUCAAGGGCCUGAAAAAGGUCGUGGAAAAGGGUGAAAAGAUCCUUAAGCUUGCUGAAAUAUGUAGGAAAUUCGAAACAGAGGAAGAAAAGGUGCUGCCUUUCUAUUCCUCGGUGUUGACUCCCCAGGAGCAGGAGGAGGUGGAGAAAGAGAAUCCAGAAGAGCUCACUGAGGAGCUUGCCAAGGUUAUGGUGGACUAUUCGGGGAUGGAGAACUUCUGGAAGAGAUACAACAAGGUGAAACUGGAGGUCCUGAGUCUGGAGCACAGACGGGGGCAGUUGCUGGACAUCAGCGGGAAGCUGAGAGAGAUGCUCAAACAGUACCUGGACGGCAUCUCCGUGAGCGACGAGGUGCUGAGCCAGCUGAACCCGCUCUUUAUCGUGAACCACAGAAGCAACCUGCCCCAGCCGCCUGCACCUGCCCCGUCAGGGGACGGGAAGCCUCCCGCCACUUACAACAUCAUCGAAGCGGCUCACAUCAUCUCCCACACUCUGUGAUCCGAGAAGGGGCCUCUUCCCAAAGCUCGGAGACUUUUUUCUUGAAGCCUGAGUGCUUUGCUGUUACAGACGUAGACGGAGGAUCCAGACAGUACUCUAGCUAUUGACAACCACUGCCCUCUGCAGUAGAACCAAUAAAUCAUUCUUUUUUAAAUAAUA